UCCCCCUUAAAGCAGAUCCAUGGGACCACCUUCUGCUGCCUGUAACCUCUCCUACUCUUGACAUCUGAGUAGCUCAGAGAAAACUCAUCCUGGUCAGUGUACGGUGUUUAAUCCAAGGAGACUGGCCACCAGGCUGAAGACCUGGAUUACCUGAUCCGUGCUAAGAGUGUGCCGUCACUGUUUGGGGAAAAUAUCAUUUUACAGUGAAAAGUGACAGCGUUGUGGAGUUUAAUCCUUUCUGACUCUGCUGCCUGCAACUUGAAACUUGCAUGCAAUGGAACACACACUUUUUGGCUGUCUGCGCAGCCCCCAUGCCACCUCGCAGAGCUUGCACCCCUUUACCCAAUCUUCUCUUGCCCUCCAUGGGAGAACUGACCAUAUGACCUAUCCUGACUUGUCCACCUCUUCCUCCUCCUGCAUAAUCGCUGGCUAUCCUAACGAGGAGAGCAUGUUUGGGGGCCAGCAUCACAGAGGGCAUCACCACCACCACCAUCACCACCACCACCACCAGCAACAGCAGCACCAGAGCUUGCAAUCUAAUUGGCACAUUCCUCAGAUGUCCUCACCUCUUGCCUCUACAAGACAUAGCCUUUGCCUUCAGCAGGAUUCUGGGCCCCCAGAACUAGGGAGCAGCCCCCCUAUUUUGUGUUCGAAUGCGUCUAACUUGGGGAGUAACUCUUCUGGGUCAGCUUGUGUGAGUGGGGACUAUGGCAGACAGACCCUCUCCCCCUCCGACACAGAGAAAAGGUCGGGGAAAAGGAAAAGUGACAGCUCAGAUUCCCAGGAGGGCAAUUACAAAUCAGAUGUAAAUAGUAAGCCGCGGAAAGAGAGAACGGCCUUUACAAAGGAACAAAUCAGAGAGCUGGAGGCGGAAUUCGCCCACCAUAACUACCUGACGCGGUUGAGAAGAUACGAAAUAGCAGUAAACCUGGACCUCACUGAAAGACAGGUGAAAGUUUGGUUUCAGAAUCGCAGAAUGAAGUGGAAGCGAGUGAAAGGAGGCCAACAGGGGGCGGCAGCGAGAGAGAAAGAACUGGUUAAUGUGAAAAAAGGGACAUUGCUGCCUUCCGAGCUCUCUGGGAUCGGAGCGGCGAGUCUCCAGCACACGGCUGACUCACUAGCCAAUGACGACAGCCGUGACAGCGAUCAGAGCUCCGAACACGCUCAUUUAUGAUUUCUUCGUGAAAAGUGACUUGGAACCAGUUUUGUUCUCAGGAAAGAAAAAUGACAUGGCAAAGACUGGCUGAAAGAAAGCUUCAAGCACAUAGACUCUAAUAAUAAUGUUUGUCUCUUAAAGAAGAUUUUCAUUAACGACUACACUAAGGUCUUACACAUGAGUUGGUAACAGGACGAAGGACAGGGCUGGGACGAGGGCAGGCAAAACAGGCAGAUGUCUAGGGCACAGCAAACUUUAGGGGCACAAGUCCACGCAUUCUUUCUUUGAAUCCUCUUAAGUGUUUGAGCUUUAGCCAAAAUCCUUUUUUUAUCUUGGAUUCAUUUAUCUUGGGUCAUGAAACCUUUAGAGAAGGAAAAAAUGUGGGAAGUGCAACAACACUGCAGUGCCAGACCUCCCCACCCCCAUCACAAAAUGGGGGUGGGGAGGGUUGUCACUGAGCGACGUCUGGGCUUCGGAUGCCUAAUUCCCUUGUCCGGGCAAUGAUGAUGAAUAAAAUUGGUUUGGAACAUUCCAAUACUUUAGAAUAUGAAGGUGGUGACGUUGAGCAGGUAAUCUUGCUUUACUGUAGCUUGCACUUAUGUUUACAGAAAUAUUUCCAUAGUAUUGAAAGGAGCUUUCUCAAGGUUAGAAUUGUAAAGCUGAUACAUUUAUUUCUCAUAGCCCGCUGGUGUUUACCUCCUAACACGGUGCAACCGUCAAAGAAAUGUUAUGAAGGAUAAAAAAGAUUUUAAAAUUGCUAUUCAUAUCAUUCAUAUAUAGGGGGAGACCAAUCAGACCGUUUAGAGAGGAGAAGCGGGGGCGUUGCCCAGAGGAAACCAAUCAGAGGCUAGCUAUCAUUUUAUACAAUUUACUACAUUAAUGAUAGCAAAUCUCAUUAGUUGCUAUGGGCAACGCAUCUUUUUGUCCUCUUUAGAAGGUUUGAUAAAUGUCCCUCGUACAGUAGUGUUUUGUGCCUUUUAUUACCAUGUUGCUAUCUCUGAAGUGCAGCGGUAUAACUGCUUCAUGGGCAGCAAUAGCAACACUGCCCCCAAUACAAAUGUGUCCUCGUACAAUAUUGCCACAGUCGUGAUAAACGACUUGCGUCUUUUUUGCUUGAAUAAGCGUCUGAGCUGCACAAAUUAUACAAUCGGAUGCGCCAAAAGCACUUAACGAGACCACACUGAUUCAUGUGACAGUUGUACAUCUGUGAGCAGGGCCGUAGAGAGAUAGCCCAGGCCCCGGUAAUGUUCGGGGCGUCACAAUCACAAUUCCAUGGGGAAAACAACUAUUUGUGACUGCGAAGUGGCGGGUGCCAUGAGCCGCUCAGCUAUGGGCAGAACCAGGGGGAAGGGGCACGAUCAGUGCUAUUGCUAAUCAUCCCUGCAGGCAAAGGAGACUGCUGCACACAUUGGCAGCGACCUCCCUAGAACCAUUGCAGCCCAGGACACAGCAGCGUGUGCUGGGAUAGAGAGAGAGGCUGCAGAUGUUGGCUUGGAUUCAGUAUGAUAUCCCAAUGGACAGAAAGCUGGAGGUGAGAAUACUGACAGCGGCAUCCUGACCAUCAGAAUCCCGACAACCCCCCAGAAAGUACCCUAAGUCUCACUUGUACCCUUCCCUAGCCCUAACCCUCCCUUGUGGGUGUAUAAGUGGUGCCUAACCCUAUCCCUCCCUUCCGCGCUGCCUAAAUCUAACCCUAACCUCCCCUUGAGAGUACAUAACCUCCCCUCCCCGGUACCAAACCUUAACCUUCCGGUCCCUGCACCCUAACCCCCCCUUCUAAUGCCUAAACCUAACCUCCCACCCCCGUGACAGGACGCGAGGAAGUCCCAAUGUAACAACGUUCGGGAUUCCGGGCAUCAGUAUUUUGGCACUGGGAUCCUGAUUACCGUUGGGAUUUGGACGCCGGUCUUAAGCUGUCGGUCGGGAUUCCAGCGUCGGUGUUUCGACCCUGUCUGGUGCCAUUUUAACUGCAUCCCAUUAAGGGGAAGUGUGAUGAGAGGGGAGCAUGCCAGGCCCCUCCAACAAGCCCAGGUAAUUAGUACCACCCCCCCUCUCAGUGCCGUUGUCUGUGAGCAGAUGAGUGAAUCUGUAUACAAAGUGCUAUGAUGGAGGGAUCCGGUCUCUAGGUCGACAGUAACUAGGUCGACGCUAUCUAGGUCGACCACUAUUGGUCAACAGGGUCUCUAGGGUCGACAGGGUCUCUAGGUCGACAUGUUCUAGGUUGACAGGUCAAAAAGUCGACAUGAGUUUUUAACGAUUUUUUUUCUUUUUUUGAACCUUUUCAUACUUAACGAUCCACGUGGACUACGAUUGGAACAGUAAUCUGUGAGCGAAACGAGCCAUGCGAGAGGACACGGUGCACUAAUUGGGGUUCCCGGUCACUCUACGAAGAAAACAACACCAGAAAAACAUUAAAAACUCAUGUCAACCUUUUGACCUGUCGACCUAGACCAUGUCGACCUAAAGACCCUGUCGACCUAGAGACCCUGUCAACCUAGUUACUGUCGACCAAUAGUGGUCGACCUAGACACUGUCGACCUAGUUACUAUCUACCUUCCAUACCACACCCGUGAUAGAGCGUUCAUGGCUUUUUUUCACGCCAAGUUCCAUUGUGCUUUAUCUGCAACUUUUUACGUAUUUAAAACUAAUCCCUCUGUGUUUAAAGUCACAACCCGGUGUCUCGAGUACAGAUUAAGUGGGGUUUUGCUGCAUUUGCGAUGCGAAUAAGACACAAAUUUAAAGGCAAAGAUGCUUUGCUACACUGCGCGGCGCGGUGUCUUACAUUGCAUGGCGUAUUGCACUGUAUGAGGACACAUCUGUAGGUAAGAAGAUAAUCUUCAAUUAGGAUGAACAAAACAACACAGGCAUUGCGGUUCAAUUAUCUCGACUUGCAUUAUUGCUUAAGAACCUACCUUGAUCAUUGUUUACACUCUCAUACGCUUUAGUUUAGAAACAGUUGUGUUAUUUUCUGUUUCACCAGUAACGUUUUUUUUUUCUAAAGUCAUGGAGAAAAAAUUGACACUUUUUUAUCCACAAUUUUGGCAGAAUUUUAAAGAAAAAUUCAUGCAUUGAUCUCCGUGUCUAUAAAUUUACCCCAUUAGUCUUUUGAAUACAGUGCAACAAAAAUCAGUUAGAAAAAAAAACAAAAAAACAAAAAUAAUAAUAAAAAACGACUUAAGCUCUGUAAAUAUACAUCCUGCAAUUUUCCUGAUUACAUUACAACAAUACCGCAAUCCGCAAUAUACUCCUAUAUAGAGAUACUCCACUUUCCUUACUUCACUUAUGCUUUUUCGUUUGAAAAAGAUGACAAACUUACAGUUUGUUUUUUUCAUCCUGACGCACUUUCGCAUCCAACCAGGUGGCUAAAGAUUACAGGUGUUAAGAGCCCCAUAUACUAGAAUGAUAAUGCCCGAUUUCAUCCAAUUUCGGGCAUUCGGGACAAUAUAUCUGGUGAAAUCGGGCAUUUUGGAGGUGUAUCCGAUCCGAUCUGAUGCGCGUUGCCGUGAGUGUCGGAUCGGCUCCCCUAGAUCGUUAGUGCUGCACUCGUGAUAUGUCGGUUCCCGCAGGCAUGGCUGGGAUCGCAUAAGAUAUAUUGCAUGCAAAAUUUACCAAAUCGUAUGUAAUCGUAUGGAACCACUCCAGGAAGAGUUCAAGGGAAAUCGCCUCCGACUUCAGCCUCAGACAUAUCGUUGUGGUGUAUGGGGCCCUUUAGAAUAGUUCAGAUUGAAGUUGAAACCGGUCUUGUUUGACAGUCUCAGACUUGUUCUCAGUUCGUGUGUGAUCCGGCUCAUCUGUGGUCUAGCUAAAUUCUUGAAAUUAAUAUAAAAUGGAAAGUGAGAACUUGGGUACAUUCACCACGUAUGCUAGAUGUAGGUUGAGCACAUAAGUAUUUGCCAAAUGUCUUCCAAACAGCAUGAUGGCCAUCAAAAUGUGGCCAACGUUACUAAGGCUCAUACACACUAGCCGAUUUUGAGCUCAAAGUAGCUCACUUUUGGCGUUUUGAGCUACUUUGAGCUCAAACUCGGCCAGUGUGUAUGGCCGGGCAAUGAGCGGUGAGCGCUAAUGCAUGCUCCCACAUCAUCGCCAGCUGUCACCAGCCGUCACCAUCCGUCGGGCUGCUUGAACAGCCGAGUGAACCACUUUCCACAGACUCCUACUGUGAAAAGUGUUUCACCUCCCCCGUGAACGGUAUCCGGUCUCCAGGUCGUCAAGACUUAGGUUGACAGUGUCUAGGUCGACCACUAUUGGUCAACAGGGUUUCUAGGUCGACAGGGUCUCUAGGUCAACAUGUUCUAGGUCGACAGGUCAAAAGGUUGACAUGAGUUUUUCAGUUUUUUCUUUUUUUGAACUUUCUCAUACUUUACGAUCCACGUGGACUAUGAUUGAGAAUGGUAACCUUGUCCAAAGCGCGAGCCAUGCAAGGGGACACGGUGCUCUAAUUGGGGUUCCUGGUCACUGCACGACGAAAACAACACCAAAAAACAUUAAAGAAACUCAUGUUGACCUUUUGACCUGUCGACAUAGACAAUGUCGACCUAGAAUCCCUGUCGACCUAGUUCAUGUCGACCUAGACACUGUUGACCUAAGUGUGGUCGACCUUCAAUACCACACCAGCCGUGAACAUCGCUGGGACAGGUAAAAAUUGCUCAGUGUGUAUACACCUUAAGUGGGAGAUUUAUCAAAGCUUAGGAUAGAUAAACUGAAGAGAGAUAAAGUACCGAGCAAUCAGCUCCUGACAUUUUUCAAACACAGAAUGUGAGAUGACAGAAGCUGAUUGGUUGGUAGUUUAUCUCUCUCCACUUUAUCUCUUGCAGGCUGUAAUAAAUCUUUCCCUAAGAAUUUCCUAGAUUUUUCAGACUUUUGAGUAGAUUUGAUGAACGAGUUUGAGAACUGUUUUCAAAAUGAUUCAAGCGUCUCUAAUAAGAUCAAUUGCAAGAUUGACUGCAAAUAUUUGUCAACAUUUUGAUAAUGAUAACAAUGAUAUUGUAUUUUAUACCUAAAGGUUUCGGACAAUAUCCCAAUGGGACUCAAGCCUCUACAGGUGGCCAAACAGUAUUAUUUAUAUGAAGGCAGUAGUUGGAACUCACAGACUAUGGGGUCUAUUUAAGCGUUUGAGAAAAGCCCUUUCUCAAGCGGAAAAAUGCUUGUCCCAGCUUCUCUCAAUUUAACAAAAGGUGAUAGCGUAUUUUGCGUCACCUGGAAAUCUAUGGGGACAGUUGCCUGAGUCUAUUUAACAAGUGUCGACAAGCACAGCUUUAGCCAUGCCUUGCCAUGCAGUACCGGCAAAGUCGGAGAGUCUUCGGUGUAUCGCCUCCAUGACGCAUCUCGAGGCACGUGUGUGGCUGCUGGCCUCGCAGGAACAUAUUACUGGAACUCUUCUCUGGAAGUGUUAGGCUGACGGUGAGAGGGAGAAAUCGUCCAGUUAGGAGCAGGGUUUUUACUGGAAUUGUUGAGGCUCAUUCUUAAAUAGAACCCUAAGAAGGAGAUUUAUUAAAGCUCGGAGAGAUAAAGUACCAACCAAAUAGCUCCUAAUUGUCAAACGCAGCCUGUAAAAUGACAGUACUUUAUCUCUCUCCACCUUUUUCUCACUCCAAGCUCUGAUAAAUCUCUCCCUUAGCUCUGUUGAAUUGUGCUAGUUGGAUUAAUUACUCCACAAAGUUGCAGCCUUCACAUAUUAAGGCCCAGAUUUAUCAAGCCUUGGAGAGUGAUAAAUUGCACGGCACCAGCCAAUUUGCUACUAACUGCCAUGUUACAGGCUGUAUUUGAAUAUUGGCAGUUAGGAGCUGGUUGGUUGGUACUGUAUCACCGUGAUAUUUAGCACUCUCUUAGGCUUGAUAAAUCUUGGCCUUAAGUAUUUUCCGAUUGAAAAUAGCGACAAACUGGGUAGAAGAACUGUACUGAACUCUGCAUACUUACGAAACGGUAUUCACUGUUUCUGUCGUUUGGGUGCACAUGACAAUAGUGUGUGAAAGCGGGCUCCAUGAUGGUUUUGAGUCGGGGACCCCAUGUAGAAACCGUAGACUACUCUUGGUUUCCAGGCAAUGAAAUAUUUGGUUUACAUGAAGGAAAUGACAGUGGAAUCUUCUGCGUAUGGACUAUCCAAGAUUGUACCUUGGCUAUGUGUAUAUGUUAUAUAUAUGUAUGCAUUAGAACUCAUUCUCACUUACCAUGAACAAGGACAAGAUACAACAUAGCAAAACAUUGUUUGUACUGUGUAAAAAUGUUUAAGAAAUUGUUCAAUAAUAAAAAAAAACAUAAAUUUUCAAUUACACUAAAUUGUUGUCCAUGUUUUUGUCAUUGCCAAGAUGACACUUGUUAUCCUAGAAUACCGUAGUUCAAUUUUAAUGAGCCAUCUUCAUUUAAAUGACACCAAGGAAGGACAUCUCAGCUUGCCGGAGAAGCUAAUCUGGGAAAACUGCAGCUCUAUUAAUAUAUGUAAAGGGAAUAAGGUUCAUUGGCACUGGGAGGUCUCUGGUACAAUCAAGACUGUGCUCACAGAUUCUGCUCCUCACUGUCACCUUGAACAAUGACAGAGAGGCGCUGAUUGGCCAUUGAAGACCCCAGUGGUUCCAGUAGUAUGUAGCUGCCGUUGACAUACUCGACACAAGGUAAUUGUGAGUGUGGCGGGAGCCUCACAGCGCUAAUAUUUGUGGACGUCAUGGCUCAAGCGCUCAUGUUGGUCUAGUACAGUGGUUCUCAAACUUGGUCCUCAGUCAAGAGUGCCCAUCCAGAUCAGCAAAAGUAUGUUAUCUCCCGGGAUUCACAGCAAUGAUCCAGUUGGGGGGUUAACUCUCCUUAUUCACCUCCCUUAGUGAUAGUAGGUCCAUGAUGUUUAAGUACUUUCCUGUGGUUGUGUGUUGCCACAAGCCACAGGAAACACACAAGCCGCAGGAAAGUAUUUAAACAUCUGCGAUUGGAUGGACCUACUGGAAUAAGGAGAGGUACUCUUGACACCCCACAUUGUUUGGUACGUGGGUCUUCCAGCUAAUGGUGGAUUUUUCUUAUGGAAAUUUUGAAAGUAUGAA